AAAGAAUUGCACUGCGCUUGUGUGAUUUCCGUCAAAUUCUUGUUGGACAUUAGACAUGGAGUGCAAUCAGAGUUUUAUUGAACACAUCACAGGUCGAACGUAAAUCAGUUUACAAGAUAAAUGUAUCGGAAUUCUUCACAGUUUAACAACGAAAGUGAAAUAGAUUUCUCGCCUUUGUGUACGUGCGCGUUCGCUACGGGGGGAGAGCUCGUGAUACGCGACUAAUAAUUUAAGACACCACUGGAAUUGUCGAAAACUAAUAGUUCUGUGUUAUGUAGUCGCGUGUUAAUUGAUGAAUUAUUUAUUUUGAAGUAAUUUUUAGCAGCUUUUAUUCAUUUUUAUUAUAAAUCUGUUCCUGCUCGCGCCUAUCAUCUGCUAAGUAAAAAGUUCCUUUAUUUCCGCUCGCAUAGUCAAAAGCGAAAAUACUCACUGCAACUCGCAUAAGAAUAAUAUCGUUCAAAUUUUAAUUUCCGACAGAGAGUUUUGAAUGCUAAUACGCUUACACUUUAUUUAAUUCAAUGAACAUCCAAUCAAAAUCUAAAUCAAAAUCAACCAAUUCAAAAAACAUAAAAAAAUUCUCCAUCAAUUAAAUUAGCAACUUGUCGCAACGUUCAUAUUCGUUCAAAUACACCUUAUCAACAUGACGCAUUGGGAGGACUUUUAUAAUACUCAUUUACCGCCAACGGAUUUUGAAGAUAAUCGCUCGUUAUUGAAAGAGUUUUGUGAACGACACAAUAAACUGAAAAACCGUAUCGUCCUUGUCACGUCAGGUGGCACCACAGUACCUCUGGAGCACAAUACCGUAAGAUUUGUAGACAAUUUUAGUGCCGGCACACGCGGCUCAGCAUCUGCUGAAUAUUUCCUUGACCAUGAUUAUGCCGUCAUAUUUAUGUAUCGCGUCAAGUCUUUGGAGCCAUUCACUCGCCACUUUACGGGCCAACAAUUUUUCGAUAUGCUCGACAUUACCGAUAACGGACAGAGUACUGCAAUAACAGUGAAACCGGAUUCAGUUGAUGUAUUCGCACCAAUAUUAGCCAAAUAUAAGCAAGCGCGCGAAUCACAAAUGAUUUUAUAUAUUAGCUUUAAUACAGUUGCGGACUACUUGUGGCUGCUGCGCGCUGCGUGUGAAUGUUUGGCGGCAUUUGAAGAGCGUGCAUUGUUGUAUUUAGCGGCGGCAGUGUCGGAUUUCUAUAUUCCUCAAGAUAUGAUGCCCACUCACAAAAUCCAGUCCGGUCAAGGUGCUCCGACGAUUUCGCUGCAGUUGGUGCCAAAAAUGUUAGCACCAUUGGCAAGCCUUUGGGUGCCGCAUGCAUUUGUUGUCUCAUUCAAAUUGGAAACUGACGAGAAUUUAUUGAUUACCAAGGCGCGCGAUAGUUUAUACAAAUACAAUCAUAAGAUGGUUAUUGCGAAUGUUUUACAGUCGCGCAAACAUCGUGUCGUCUUCGUUACACCAACUAUGUCCUACGAGGUGCACCUGAGUAGAGAACAAGCGCUGCAAGGACUUGAAAUCGAGGAGCCCAUUGUUGCCGACUUGGUAAGUAUCACAAGCAGCUUUAACCACCCACCGGUUAAUUUAUUUAAUUGUCGCGGAAUAUUCAAUUACAUAAUAUAUUAGUUAAUGGAUUGUUU